CAUGACCAAAAAAGAUGGCCGACUGUUUACAGCAAGCUAAUUGUUAAUACACAAUCUUUGGUUAUUUCUCCGAAUGUAUUGUAUAGACAGCAAUUGCAUCAGAUCGAGCAGGAUUGAUUUUCCCGGGAGUUGCUGCCUUCUCAGCUGUCGCAUGCCUGAAUCUGUCCUAGAAGUUCCAGUUAUUGGAAAUCUGUGCUAAUUUUAGCAACAUACGAGAACUAGCUAUUUUAAAUCCCUCUUAAGAAUUUAAUCUAAAAGGAAAAUUAUUUUUUUUAACUUCGGUGCUUGUUUUAAUUCUUCUUGGUGAUAUUUUAUGAGAAUAGCUUCAGACUUUCGAGGCUAUUUUUGGAGUAAAAUACCAUAAUUAUAGGCAGCAGAAGUGAUCUCUGACAGUUGAAGACAUUCACUAGUUUUGUGCGAUAAAAAAUACGUGCCAGCAAAGCGGUCAAGUUGUUGCUCAACAAAUGGAGAAACUUCAUUUGUGACACUUGAAAAUUUAAUGGAAAACCAUGUCGUCCAACAAUUACUAUGGCAUGCCCAGAAAGUUGGACUAUAAGGGCAGCGUGGAUUCAGGCUUUCAAGAACCACUAGACCUAGUCACGUCCCCUCUGACCUCGCCUCUGAUAGAGCGCAGAAGCCUGGUGGGUUCGAGUAGCACCGUCGGUGUCGGUGGCGGCACCAUGUACGGGGAGCCAGGGCUGCAACCACAGCUUCAGCAGCGCAUACUCACCCUGAAGCAGCAGCAGGAGCUACAGAAGCAGAUGCUCUUUCAGCAGUUCCAGGAGCAGCAGCAACAGCUGCAGCAGAAACAUGAGCAGGAGCUGCUCGAGUAUCGACAGUUUCAACAUGAGCAGUUAGCUAGGGAGCAUGAACGGCAGGCCCAGGAACACUUUAAGAAACUGGUGAUGAUGCAAAAGCACCAGGAGUUCCUGGCAGAGCAACAGAAGCUGGAGGAGCGACAGCGGCUGGAGAAGGAACUUCUGGAGAAGAGUCGACUGUCGCAGAUCAAGAAUAAGAACAAGGAGGAGGAGAGCGCAGUAGCUUCCACAGAGGUCAAACAGAAGCUUCAGGACUUUGUGCUUAGCAAGAAACAUCGUGAGGCGGCCGCCCGUAACAGCCCUCCUCAGUUCAGACACAACUGGCCACAUGAGCAUGGUUCCCCGCCAACAACAGGACUUUCCCCGCCGUACAGCCAUACCCUGCUUGGAAAGUACGAGGAUGACUUCCCUCUCAGAAAAACAGCGUCUGAGCCAAACUUAAAAGUUCGCUCAGCCCUUAAACAGAAGAUCACAGAGAGGUCACGGAUCGGUCAGAGCCCUCUACAGCAGCGACGCAGAUUUGAUAAAGGAUAUUUUAAGGGGCCCUUGUCAAUUGACUGUGGCAGCAACUCUGAUUCAGGUCCCAACUCCCCACCCACUGGUGUCCACCCAGCAUUGUCCAAUGGAAACAGCUUGAAAGAUCAGGACACGCACAUUCAUCCGAUGCUGUACAGCAUGGGGUACACGGCUCUUGACCUCUACACGUCUCCCUCCAUGCCCAACAUAUCCAUAGGCCUCCCACCCAACAUGGGAGGGAACAGUCAUUCAAGCUACCAGGAGGCAGAGUUGCGGGCCCUGACAGCCCAUCAUCACAUGGGGCUGCCCCUGACAGGCAUGCCCGGGCCAGGCGGGUUGCCGGGAUACCAUCACCCAGGGAUGCCAGUGAUGGACGGAGACUACCCAUCGCCCACGGAAGGCUCCCAGCGUGUGAGCAGCUACAUGUUGAAUGCCAUAGAGGAGCGGGGCCGUAUGGCCGCCAAUAAGCCCUCGCCCCUAGUUGGGCCUCCCUACCCUCACCUGUCCACUUCCCCCUCUGGCGAGACACACCAGGCUCGCCUUACCAAACAUCGCCCUCUACGUCACAGCCAGUCUGCCCCACUACCAUUCAUAACACAGAGCAUGUUGCUACAGCAGCACCGCAAUGCCGUGGUCGCUGGGCCAGGGAUAGAACAAGACCCAGAACAGAUCCUGAAGGAGAAGUUCUUGGUGAAGCAGCAUAUCCGUCAGACUGUGUUACAGCGGACCAGCAGCAAGUCGCACAUGGAGAACGUUGAUGAGGAGACAGAGGCCAAACUGGCACAGGAGAUGAAGGAAGCUCACGAGGCGGACGGGGGCAGCCUGGGGGUUGUCAAGGAGACGCAGAUGGAGGAAGGUCACGAAGGGGUCAGCAAGAAACUGACCAGGCGUGAGAGUGACCACCUCCUGGCAGUGACCAAACCUCACAGGAAGAACCACAAACCCCUGACCAGGACCCAGUCCAGCCCCCUGGUGACCUUCUCCAUGCCUCAUAAGAACCAGGAUGUAGGACCCAUCAAAUACAGGUUUACUACAGCAAUAGCGUAUGACCCUGCCAUGCAGAAGCACCAGUGUACGUGCGGCCGGGACCUGGCCCACCCAGAGAAUGCUAACAGAAUACUCAGUAUAUGGAAACGAUUGAAGGAGACUAAUCUGAUCUCAAACUGUGAGGAGCUGCGCUGUAGAAGGGCCACACUGGAGGAGAUACAGUCAUGCCACUCCGAGGUGUACACACUGUUCUACGCCACCAAUCCCUUAGGAAGGCCGAGACUUGAUCCCAAGACUUUUGAGUCAUUACCUAUGCGUUUCUGUGCGCUGCAGUGUGGAGGGGUGGGUGUGGAUUCUGACACGGUCUGGAACGAUCAGUACACAUCCAUAGCGGCUACAAUGGCUGCCGGCUGCGUGACAGAGCUGGCAUGUAGGGUCGGGGCCAGUGAACUCAAGAAUGGUUUUGCACUUGUUAGACCUCCAGGGCACCAUGCAGAACCUGAACAGGCAAUGGGCUUCUGUUACUUCAACUCGGUCGCCAUAGCAGCCAAGCAGGUGAAGGAGAAGCUCAAGAUGAAGAGGGUCCUCAUUGUGGACUGGGACGUCCACCAUGGCAAUGGAACCCAAGCCAUGACUUUCGACGAUAAGGAAAUCCUCUACAUCUCCAUCCAUCGCCAUGACAACGGUAACUUCUUCCCGGGCACUGGUGCCCCUGAGGAGUGUGGAACGGACGGAGCAGAGGGAUUUAAUGUGAAUGUGGCAUUCAGCGGGGGACUGGAGCCACCCAAGGGCGAUGCAGAGUACUUGGCUGCCUUCAGGACGAUAGUGAUGCCUAUAGCGCGAGAGUUCAAUCCUGAGAUCGUUCUAGUAUCAGCGGGAUUUGAUGCCGCGGCCGGCCACGCUGCCCCACUGGGAGGAUACCUUGUGUCUCCAGAGUGUUUUGGUCACAUGACCCGAGAGCUGAUGACGCUGGCAGGGGGCAAGGUGGUGCUGGCACUAGAGGGAGGCUAUGAGAUGGGGGCGAUCUGUGACGCGGUGGAAAUGUGUGUCAAGGCCCUGCAGGGCAUGGAGAUACCUGGGAUACGCCAGGAGGAGCUGUGCAGGGCGCCCUGCAAGUCUGCAGUAGAGACACUGGAGAACACCAUACGCAUACAGGCCAAGUACUGGCCGUGUGUGGAACGGUACCUGCGCACAGUGCAGUAUUCUCUGGUGGAGGCACGAGACCGCGAGGCAGAGGAGACUGACACCGUCACCUGCCCUGGCUUCCCUUUCUAUGGUCACCCAGAAACAGAAAGAGUCUGUGGAGCAGGAGACUGAACCAAUGGAUGAAGAGUCCUAGAUUUGAAUCCUCCAAUCAAAUUAAUUGUUUUGUUGCUCGGCAAACCUGAACCCCCAUAGCACACUAGAAGUAGAAAUUGUUGCUUAGCACCAUUGUGUUGUCAGCCAUGUGACUAUGGAUCUAAAUAAAGUAAUAGUGGAUGCUUAUGUGUGUCCUACGCUACACCGGAAGAUUGUGGUCACCGUGGCUGCUGGGAAGGUUUGGUGGUUGUUGUGGAAAGAGACGUGAGGUCCUUGGGACCAGUAGAGAAAGCCUUGGAUAAGGAAGUACUUUGCAUGGAAAUGGUGACAAGUGUAAGAUUAAUUUGUAUUUAAUUUAUUUUGAUGUUAAUUUUGUUCAUGACUUCUUGUACAGAUGUUUUAGGCUCGUGCAAAGUGUUCAGUUAAAAACUUUCUCAAGACAUGAGACUUCACUCACAAAUGGCAGUCUACUUAUGCUGUUUUAUAAAUGAGCUGUUGUUUUUGGAAAACUGGGCUUCAUGCAUGUGCAUAAAGUGGUAUUGCAGAUAAGGGUGUGCAAUUGACACAGGCUAACCAGGGAGGACUCUUUCACCUUGUCUGUACUUUUGUUUUGAAGAGACUUCCUUUAAACAUAAAAUUAUGUAAAAUUGGCAAGUUUGAUCCCAUGAUAGCCUGUGCAGAUUGCACAAGCCAAUCUGGGAUGACACUUAAUGCACAUGCAGUAAACCCAGUUUUCCCAGAACGUGUCUUGAUUAUAAUAAAUCUUAUAAACCUUGCUCGUGUUCUAGAGGUGAAGUACAGAUACCAUACUCUCCCAGGUUAUGUUUAAAAUGCAAAAUGAAGGGUGCAAAAAUCCCCUACAUACGCAAAAACUGUUGUCACAGUUACAUGUAUGGUCAAAGAAGUACCUGUGCAGUGAGUUGUCAUAAACGUGAUAAGAUUGUUAAACUUUGUAGAUAUAGUGCAAGUAUUUGCAAGACAUCGUUCAUGUAAUGCACAGACUUUGUUGUUAAAUGAAUCUGAACGGUGAUAAUUUAUUUGUACUGAAAGUGCAGGAAUAUUAAAACAAAAAAUCAUUAAUAUAUAUAUAUAAUUAUAUAAAUAUAUUAUAUAAUCUGCAUACACUUGUUAGAGGCUUGUAGUUUUGAUAUGGUAUAUAUUUUAUUCACUGUUACAGACGCUGUAAAUUUAUCAUGAGUACACUCUACUCUAAAUGUAUCUAGAGAGGUUAUACAUGUAUAUACUGGUACUCUGUCCCUGUCUCAAGUGUAGACAUUUCUGAUAAGGUUUGAGAUCAUUGUUUUUUAUCGAAGCUAGUCAUGUCUUGUUAGGAAUCGUGAUUGAAUAGCUGAUUUUUAUCAUGGGUCCAAUGGAUGGUCCGGUUUUACUUGGAAAGCUUUUUAGUUCAAAGAGGAUUGUUUAAGUAGCUUUUGUAAGAAACUUACUAUAUUUUUUAAUUAAGUAUGUUGUAGUAAAAUAAAAUAAUUUAGAUUUUUGUUUUUAGCGAGGCUGUCUGGAGAAAACCCGAGCUAUCGUCAUAGCCAGCUCGUCGUCCGCCGUCAGCCGUAGGCGUCGUGCUAAAACCUUAACAUUGGCCAUAACUUUUUAUGUCCCCCACUAUAGUAGUGGGGGACAUAUUGUUUUUGCCCUGUCUUUUGGUCUGUUGGUCUGUCUGUUGGUCUGUUUGCGCCAACUUUAACAUUUUGCAAUAACUUUUGCUAUAUUGAAGAUAGCAACUUCAUAUUUGGCAUGCAUGUGUAUCUCAUGAAGCUGCACAUUUUGAGUGGUGAAAGGUCAAGGUCAUCCUUCAAGGUCAGAGGUCAAAUAUAUGUGGCCAAAAUCGCUCAUUUUAUGAAUACUUUUGCAAUAUUGAAGAUAGCAACUUGAUAUUUGGCAUGCAUGUGUAUCUCAUGGAGCUGCACAUUUUGAGUGGUGAAAGGUCAAGGUCAAGGUCAUCCUUCAAGGUCAGAGGUCAAAUAUAUGUGGCCCAAAUCGCUUAUUUGAUAAAUACUUUUGCAAUAUUGAAGAUAGCAACUUGAUAUUUGGCACACAUGUGCAUCUCAUGGAGCGGCACAUUUUGAGUGGUGAAAGGUCAAGGUCAAGGUCAUCCUUCAAGGUCAGAGGUCAAAUAUAUGUGGCCCAAAUCGCUUAUUUUAUGAAUACUUUUGCAAUAUUGAAGAUAGCAACUUGAUAUUUGGCAUGCAUGUGCAUCUCAUGGAGCUGCACAUUUUGAGUGGUGAAAGGUCAAGGUCAUCCUUCACAAGGUCAAGGUCAUCCUUCAAGGUCAAACAUCAUAUAGGGGGACAUUGUGUUUCACAAACACAUCUUGUUAAAUAUUGAAGAUAGCAACUUGAUAUUUGGCAUGCAUGUGCAUUUCAUGGAGCUGCACAUUUUGAGUGGUAAAAUUUCUAGGUGAACAUCAUCCUUCAAGGUCUAGGGUCGAAAAAACAAAGUCAAGGGAAGUAAUAAGCUUUAGAUGGACAUAGUUAUCUGACCUGCCAACGUUUAUAUUUUUGUUAAAUAAAUCAAAGCGGCGCAGUAGGCGGCAUUGUGUUUCUGACACACACAUUGUGGUAAAAGGUCAAGGUCAUCCUUUACGGUCUAUGGUAAAAAUACAGAUUUAAGGGAAGUAAUAAGCUUUAAAAAGGGAGAAAAUUAUUCAAUAUUGAACAUAGCCAACUUAUAUAUUUGGCACGCAUGUGUAUCUCAUGGAGCUGCGAAUUUUGAGUGGUGAAUCUACAUUCACAGUAGUGGCUUUAAUUAUUUGCUACUAAAAAUAGAGAUUUGUUACAGACAAUUAUUUUCAAGGGAAGUAAUUUAUAUAAUUAUAAAUCUCAUAUAUUUUCUUACCAAGAAUUGAAGUUCUUUUCACAGUUACUGUACACAUUUAUUAUUUUGAUUAUUUAUAACAGAAAUGAUUGAUUUGUCAAAGUUUUUUUUUUAAUUAUAUAAUUAUAAUUUCUUUGAUGUUCAUUACAUACCUGUGGACUUAUGUCCAUUGAUACAUGAUCAACUCUGGUUAUGAUCACUUUUAAACCACAGGCCUUGGUUGUCAGUGAUGUCUGACAUGGUCAUAAUUGAGUGUGAGAACCCCCCACCCCCCCUUCCCCAGUUGGAUUGGAAAAAAUUCAAGGGAAGUAAUAUCAUUUAAAGGGAGAUGAAUUCUAUACCUGCCAAAUUAUAACAUUUUAUUUCAAUGCGGCGCAGUAGGGGGCAUUGUGUUUCUGACAAACACAUAUCUUGUUGGGUCACUAGGUCAAAGGUCAAGGUCACUGUGACCUCUUAAAAAAAAUCUGACAAGCUUUCGCAGCCGAGUGUGGCACCCGUUAUGCAGUGCUCUUGUUAUAUUUCGUAAUAGAAAUAACAAGUUAUUGUUAAAACUGUGACUCUGGCAAUGUUUUGUUUGUAUAUUGGAUAUUUUAUAUUGUUUAAAUAUGGAGUAGAAUUUCUAUUAUAAUCUAAACAAUUUAACUAUAACAACUGUAUAGGCAUGUUUCUAACAAAAUACCGUAGAUCAUGGAGUUUGAACUUUGUGAUAUCUAUUAAAUUGUUGAAGUAGUUUCUGUUGACAUGGAUUUUUUUUUACAUAAUUGAGUUGUUACAGUUGAAAUUUGCUUUUAAAGAUUAAAAAAUUAAAUAUUCUGUUAUGAAAAAGAAACAUAUUUACAUGUUUAGUUAUUUUUUUAUUCUUGAGGCAAAAAAUGGGUAAAUGACAACUGCCCUCAUGUGACUAUUUGCAGACUGUUCUUUAAUGUAUACAACGCUUGUAUGCAAUUAUGCCAUUGCUUUUAGAAGUAUAUUCAGUUUAAAAGUCCAUUUGUGCAUGUUUAAAAUUAACACAGAUUCAUUUAAGUCCUGCAUAGCUAAUUGACUAACAUUACCCAGUCUGUAAAUUCACACGGCAUCAUGUGUGUCUGGAAUGAGUAUUGCACAUCCAGGCGUACAUUUAUACAGCUUCAUUUGUUCAAGCAUAGUUAUCCGAUGUAUAAACGUAACAAAAUGUCUUUUGUGUCUGGAUUAAUUAUUUGACAAGUGUACAUAAAUUCAGCUAACAUUAAUUGUUUCAAGUACAUCUUUUUGAUGUCUGUAAAAGCAUGUGUUUUUCCCACCAGUGCAAUGGGUCACGGUCAUGAACAUUCAGUCAUAAGUUUAUACCUUUAGUUAGGUCAUUUUUUAUUUCCAUCAGACAGCAGUGUACAGAUCAUUGUUAUGUGUUGUACAGUGUGACAUCAUCACCAGGACAUCUUUCCAUUCUUCGUAAGACAUCAUUUUUUUCAGAUAAAAUCUAAACGUACAUCGUUCUCAUUUGUAUCAAGAUCUGAUUUGUUAUUUUAGCUCACCUGAGCACAACGUGCUCAUGGUUAGCUUUUUUGAUCAUCUUUUGUCUGUUGUACAUGGUGCAUCAUUUGCCAACAACAUUUACCUUGACAACCGCCUAGAGGCCACAUACAUAUACAUUUUUUCAUAAAAAUUGGUCGCAACAUUCGUUCCUAUUAAAACUAACUAGAGAGUUUCAAACUGAGUCAUAGUUGGUCAAAAGCUAGGUCACUUGGUCCCAUUAAAAAAAAGCUUGUGAACACUGUUUAAGUUGCAUGUUGAUCCUUUUUGCAAAAAAUUUCCUCUGAAAGUUUGUUCUCAUAAUAUCUCAGCUGAGUUAGAAAAUGGCUCUGAUUUUGUUAAAAAAGGGCUGCCAUGGGGAAUGACAGCUUUCCUAAUCUGACUUUAGUGAAAACUUUUAAGCUCUCUAUAAUUCAUAUUUUUGCCCAAUUAUUGUAAUAGAAUGAAUGAAUACUAUCUGUUCAAAAUAGUGUAGUUCCUGGAGGUGUCAGGUGAGUGCCUUGGGGCCCAAUGGCCCUCUUGUUUUUGCAUUAUUAUAAAUCCAUAAUUUAUAAAAUUCAUAUUUUAUAAUUGUGUUGUCUACCGGUAGUUCGAACUUGUUGCUUUAUGUAAUGCUCCUUAUGGUAUGUUGUAUUUCAGUUGUUUUAUUUUAAAGCCAGGUUGUUUGUAAGAAUUUUAAUAUUACGUAUUUUGUGUAUUACAUGCUCUCAGUGACAUAGAAUAUAUGUGAUUUUGAACAGGUUUUUUUGCACAGAUUAUACAAAUUCUGGUUUUAAAUUAAUAUUGAUAAUUUUUAGAUGAAUGAUUUUCUGGUCAUAAUCUGUGAAAGACUCCAGAGAAGUAUUUUCUCAUAACAAGGAAGUUUUCUCCCCUUGAUCAAGUUGUCCAUUGAUGGUUUGUACGUGGUAUUCUGCUGGGUAAGCCCUGGCGUUGACUUGUGACUUAGUCAUUGUGAUUUCUGGCAUUAAGCAAUGGUAUCCAUAUGUGGUGCAGGGAGAUUGAAGGAUGGAUGUUAGUGUAUGCAUAUUCCCAAGUUUGUUCCUGUUUAUUUUGAUUCUCCAAGGUUUUGUUGAAAAUGCUGCAAGAAGCUUUUGAAGAAAAGGCAGUUUUUAGGGGUGGGGGAAGUAAUGGUUUGUCUCUAAAAAGACAGCACAUGUACAUUUUAAAUGAGAUAAUUACAUGGUAUGUAUCUUUCUUGUGUCUAGAAACUUCAUUUAAAUCCUACAGAACUGGCAGUUUUUAGGCCAAUCUUUUGGAGAAAUUAUAAUUUCAAAGUUUAUAGUUUGGAUAAUUUAUAAACUUUUUGUCCCCUACCGUUGACUUAUGGUUUGCGCUCUGUGCGUCUGUCUGUGAUUCUGUCACACUUUUCUGCGAUAACUUAAAAAGUUCUUCAUAUUUUUUCAUGAAACUUGAAACAUGGAUAGAUGGCAAUAUGGACAAUAUACACGUUGUUUCAUUUUUUCUUACGUCAAAAAUUCUGGUUGCUAUGGCAGCAAAAAAAAAGAUCUGACAAUGAUGGAAUUUCUGACAAUGGUGGAGCCGGUAGGGGACAUAUAUUGCUUGGCAAUAGUCUUGUAUAAUGUAACACUAAUUAUUUUCUAGCUCACCUGAACCAGAAGUUAUAGUCUUAUAGAGGUGAGCUGUUGUGAUCACUCUAGGUCCACCAUCCGUCUUUGUGUGGUGUGCCUAAACAUCUUUUAAUAACUCAAUACACAACAUGUUGUAUCAAAUCUUUAUAUAGCUUGGUCAAAUUGUUUAUCUUGGCAAAAUCUAGGCUGAGUAUGAACCUUGGUCAUGUAUGUUCAAAAGUUGAGACACCGGAUCAUAUCUUAUAAAACAAUGUUACUACUCUAGAGACCUUAUUUAUGACUCAAUCUAGAUAAAACAUGAGAAUGUUUAUCAUGACAAUAUCUUGGCCGACUUUUGAAUCUGGGUCACUUGCAUCCAAAAACUAGAUAACCUUGUCAAACCUUACAAAUAAUUUAAAAUUCAAUCUUGAUGAAACUUGGGAUUAAUAUGUAUCUUGACCUUUAAAUGUUUGUCCAAUAACUUUGUUACCUGUUGAACUCUUAUAAAUACCUUGUUAAAACUUUAGAGGCCAUAUUUAUGACUAUAGCUUAAUGAACCCUAGAAUGUUUAUCUUGAAAAUAUCUAGGCCGACAUUGAACUUGUGUCAUAUGUGUAAAAAAAUAAGGUCACCAGGUCAAAUCUCAGCAAAACCUUGUUACAACGAAACAGGCCAAGUUUAUGACUCGCUCUUGAUGAAACAUGGUCAGAUUGUUUAUCUUUACAAUAUCUAACUCUAGUUCAAAAUUAAGGUCAUGUGUGCUAAAGACAAAGUCACAAGUUCAAAUCUUUUUAUAAAAUGUUACCAAUCUAGAUUCCACAUUUGAUUAAAUAUUGAUGAAAAUGUGGAAGAAAGUUUAUCUUGACCAAGCCAAGUUUGAAUGAAUCUGGUUCACAUGCUUCCAAAAGCUUGGUCACUUGGUCAAGCCUUCAUUUAUUGGUGUCUGUGACCUCAGGUGAGCUCUAGAGAGCCCCCCCCCCCUUUGUAUUUCUUAUAUAAUUUGAUUAGAAUUAUAUUUGGGGUUCAGUUAUUUGUGUCUGCAGAAAAGUCUUGCAAUGAUCACAUCUAUGAAGAAAUAGAAACUUUGUAUAUUUGUUCAUCUGUAAGUAUUCAGAUUCUGAUAGCAAGUUGUGAUUUCAUCUGUUUUAUAGCAGUAUAUCAAGAUUAGAAUGUGUGUGCAUCAUACACCACCCUAAAGAUUUGCCCCUGGAGGUCAGCUAGAAAAAUAUAGUCCCCAAUGAUUAAGGGAUUUUCCCAAUCUAUUAUUGUAUCCAAUUGAGCCAAUUUUUUGUUUACUGUUUUAUGUUUUAAUUCCAUGUUUGGAAGUUGUAUUCCAUAGCGUGGAAUGAUAUACAUACUGUUACAUUUGUCAUAAAUUCAAUUAUGAAUGUCCUAAAAACACUGAUUGCAAUAUGCUUGUAUUUUAUGUUAUAAAAGUAGUCGAAUUGUUAGCUAUUUCUUUUAUUUUUGUAGUAGUUAUAUUCUUGUUUGUUGAGUGCUUCUAAAUUAAUUCUAUUGCCACUGGGUACAGUGUUUCUGCAGUACUACAUUUGUGAAGUAAAGUAUUUGUUGUUA